UAACGUUUUCCGUAAUUAUUUGUCAAGGUUGGAUUGUAUAUAAAUGCAAAGUUCUCAUUCAGGAUUACUCAUAGUAUAAUUUCGUAGUAAGUUACCUAAGAUUUUUGUGUUAUUUGUUUAUACAUUUUCCAAUAGUGCUAAAAAAUUUAAAAAUGUGUUUUUUGAUAAUAAUCGCUUCAAUAUUACCAAUUUGUCUGGGACAGAUACCUUCUAUUGGACAUGAAUGUUUAACUCCAGAAGUGGUCCAAAAUUUCAAUGUUGCGGCGUAUUUAGGAAAAUGGUAUGAACAAGAGAAGUAUCCAGUAAUUUUCGAAAUAGGCGGCAGAUGCAUUACUGCUGAGUACUCAUUAAAAGAUGAUGGUACCGUCAGAGUUUUCAAUAAAAUGAUUGUUGGUGCUCGUACGUCAUCUAUUGAAGGAAGUGCCAAACUUAAUUCAACAAAUGGUGAAGCAAAAUUGGAAGUAACAUUCAAUGUGCCAUUUGCGGUACGUUCUCCUUAUUGGGUCGUUAGUACCGAUUAUACUAGCUACACGGUUGUAUGGGCUUGCCAAGAAUUAUUCGGUAUUACUGGAAGCACUGCUUGGAUUCUAACGAGAGAACAAAAUCCACCUGAUAGCUUAAUAGAAAAAGCGUACAACAUACUUAAGAAAUAUCAAAUUAAAACACAAUUUUUAACAAAAACCGAUCAAAAAAAUUGUAGUUAAACAUCAAAAAGUAAUUAACUAAUAAAAGAAACGAAACCAUAACAAUUAUAUUUUGAUUUAAAUAGUUUUAUAACCAACAUUAAAAUGAGUUUUA